CGACAAAAAGUUUAUAAUUUUACUGUACAUCUUAUGAAACGCUAACCUCAACUUGCAACUUAAUGCAACUAAAUAGUUUAUAAAUUCGUCCCUUAGGAUGGAAGAAAAACUAAGGAAGUGGGUCGGAAGUGAUAAGGGAGUGACGUUUUCCUUUUGCUUAAAAACAUGCGCUCUGAAUCCUCUGAAAAUGAAACCUUAGUGAGCUACAAACCACUUUCAAAACCAGAAGUCUUUUUUAUUGCUUCAAAAUUGUGUUUUGUUUCAGAGACGAAAUUCCAAACCAGCAACUCGGAUCCUUUAUUGCGACUUUUUUCUCUAAAACCUCCAAACUUCGGAAUAACAGCUCUAAGCUAAGAACCAUAUAGGAGUGAGAGGAGAUGGACAGAGUGCUGCUGUCCCGGAUCGACGAGGACCUGGACUCUUCCGAGGUGGCAGAGCUGUGCUUUCUGUGCAGCGAUAUAAUCAACAGAAAACGCCUCGAAGGGAUAAAGGAUGCAAAGGAGCUGUUCAUGAGAAUGGAGGAGAAAGGUCUCCUGGAGAACAGUUCCUUCCUCUCUCAGCUGCUGUACACUAUCCAUCGAGCAGAUCUCCUCAACAUGCUGGAGAAUGACAGCAGACAAACAGAGGAAACAGACGCUAAUCCCUUCCUCUCGGAAUACAGGUUGUUGCUUUACAAAAUCCAUGAGGAUUUGACCCAAGAGAACCUGGAUAAGUUGAAGUUUCUCCUCAAAGAUAAGAUGCCUAAACGACCCCUGGAGCUGAGCAGCACAGCUCUGAAUGUGUUUUCUGAAAUGGAGAAGGCCGGACUAAUCUCAAACAGAAACGUUAGGGAGCUCCACGUUCUCCUGUUGGAGUUUGAUCGACAGCUGGCGAUGACUGUGGAAAACUACAUGAACAACACCACUCCUCCUGUCAGCAGCAGUCAAGAGAGAUCGAACGGCAUUCCUCACGUUUUACAGCCAUCUUUGUCCAUGUGUGAGACUCAGCCUGCACAAUAUGUAGACGUUUGCUCUGAUACUCAAUCACAGAUAACGCUGCCUUUAUCUGAUGAGACAGAGUACUACGUUUUCACUAAGAAUCCCAGAGGUCUGUGUGUGAUCAUCAACAAUGAGACCUUCAGUGGCAAACUCGGACGUCGCGAGGGCACUGACUCGGAUCAAAACGCUCUAGACUCACUGUUCAAUAGCUUUGGCUUUACGGUGGAGCCACACAAAAAUCUAACUGCUGAAGAGAUUCUAAAGAAAAUAAAGGAACUGAGCGAAAGGGAUUUUUCUAUGGAGGAUGCCUUUGUGUUAUGUGUGCUUUCCCACGGAGGAAAUGGCUUUGUCUACGGUACUGAUGAGAAGGAAGUGAAGCUGGAGCAGCUGACUGAGCCGUUCAGUAACAUGAAAGCCCCCACCUUAUUGGGGAAGCCCAAACUCUUCUUCAUUCAAGCGUGUCAGGGUGUGAAGGGACAGGAACCGGUCUGUCAGUGCACCAAACCAGGAGAGCUCCCUAAGAUGACAUCCAGGUUGUCCAUAGAGGCGGAUUGUGCUCCUGAGAAUACAGUGGCUUCAGGUGCAGAUAUGUUGCUGGGCAUGGCCACAGUGCCUAACCACAAGUGUUACCGGCACACGCGCAAUGGCUCUUUGUACAUCCAAGAGCUGUGCAAGCAGCUGAAAAAAGCAGCUGAAAGCCCUAACAAUGACGACAUACACACUGUGUUAACGCGUGUGAACAGAGAGGUCAGCAAAAAUUACACCCCACCCAGUCGACAGAUGCCGGAGCCCAAAUACACGCUCACCAAGAGGCUGGUCCUCAGAUUCAUCUGAGCUGUCUGGAGCCACACAGAGCAUUCUCCAUUUUAGAUUACCUGAACGGUGGUGGACUGUGAGAAUGAAUGGGAGUCUAUUAAUGAUUCCUUACUUGGAUGAAUUGCUGCCUUGCACGUUGAGAAAGUAAAAAUGAAAUGGUUUGAUUUUGUCAUCCAAAAAGUAUUUUCAAAUCGUUUCUUAAAUAAACAUUA